AUGAUUAAAAUAUUAUUUGAAUCCAAUCGACUUUCAAAACAUUUCAAUCGGAUUUGGCUUCAUAUUGCAACGUUCACGCAAGCCACUAUAAUCACACAUCUGCUGAAAUCCGAAGCCGAGCAAUUCAAAACAUAUGUUAUUGAGAUAUCCACUCGUGUUAAUGCACAAACCUCUGGUUCCACUGUUUUAAAUGCUAUUCAAACCGAAUAUGAGCAAAAAUUUCGAGUCAUCUCUGACGUCCUCAACUUUUUGAUGAGAAAACGAAAUUCACAAUCAUUUUUGGAUAGCUUGGAUUCGAAACCGAAAAGUGUUGGCGGUGAAAAACCAGCGAUCACGUCCAGUCGAGUAGGAUUCGCGUUUUUAUUCGAAUUGGUCACUUGCUGGAUUAAACUAUGCAGAUCCUUGUAUACAAUGUUCUACGUCACAAACAACGGGAAUGGGACAAUCAAUCAAAACCUUCAAAUAAUACAAAUAAACGGCGAUGUCACCGUCAAUGUUUAUCCGCAUCCCCAGCAAAGCCAACCCACCGCGGCUCCUCCACACGGUGACUCAACUGCAUCGACUGAUACGCGUGGACCUACUUCAGAUGUUAUGAUUGGAGAACAAGGAACCGAUGGGAUUGUGAACGCGCUGAAAAAUGAGGAGGGACCGGCAUGUUCCAGUGGAAGCACCGACACUUGCAGCAACAAUGUGAAGCCCAUUGGAAACAUUCAAUCUUUGAAUCACUCAACAAUCGUGCCUGAAAAAUCUUCAACAAAUGCUCAAUUCUCAAAUUACUCAACUACUUCAACUGACCCAACAAGAGGAGUUUCAGUGGUCCAGGGCUCCAGGAAGCGAGUGUUUCCAGACGGACAAUGGAAUUCGUCGUUCAGUCAUAAAAGAAAUUAUUAUGCGACGACUAAUUGCUUCUGGUUUGCCCUUGUCAACGUGGAAUUAAAGUCACCAAAUGACGAAUCAUAUCUUCGAGCCGAAGCUCGUCGCCUAUUUUCCAACGAUGAAAAGGACACGUCGCAAUUGGGCGGAGUCCUUGCGAACAUCGGGCGGCUUCUAUCCAUGAGUCGGUUCCUACAAGAUGACAAAUUCAAGGAUUACUUCAAGAUGAAAUUGAACGAUGAAGGACGUCGUGAAUGGGAUAAACUGAUGGAAUGGAUCGAUUCGUCUGAUGACCAAAGAGUUGAGAACGACAGAAAUGCUGCUGGACCAUCAAUGAGAUAUCAGAAUUAG